UGACAACAUGUGGGAUGAUGGUAAUUCUCUGGGGCCUAAAGAGGUGCACAGCUACUUAACCCGUAUGAUGUAUAAUAGGAGGAACAAGUUUAAUCCACUGUGGAACUCAUUUAUUCUUGGUGGAGUGAAAAAUGGGCAGAAGUACCUUGGCAUGGUUAGAAUGAUAGGUGUAAAUUUUGAGGAUAAUCAUGUAGCAACUGGGUUUGGGAAUCAUCUUGCCCGGCCUAUUCUUCGUGAUGAGUGGCACGAGAACUUGAGUUUUGAAGAUGGUGUCAAGUUACUGGAGAAAUGUAUGCGUGUACUGCUAUAUCGUGAUCGGUCUGCUGUCAACAAGCUUCAGGUUUGUUGUUUCCUUACAUCAUUUAUCAUGAUUUCCUUUUCACCUAGUGAGUAUAUGGAUUUCGUGUCCAACAACUCAUGCGAGGAUGAAGGGGGAGAGCAAUUUCUUAAAGGGAACCAGGGAUACCUGUCGAUGGACGAUCUCGACCGCCAAUAUUGGCCUUCCCAAAACAAUCACUCGGAAACGGACCGCGGGGAGGCACUGACUACGGUUCGCUUCAACUCUGGAAUGAGGGGCCUGGGAUUUACAGCUCCAGAAUCGCCGGGCGCAAACAGGGGCAUGUGUGAACAAGUUGGUAGGCAAAAAUGGGGACGCAGGAAAUCGGGAUUUGGGGGGAAAUAG